GACAAAGCCAGUUACAUAGGACUGAAUUUGAGGCAGACAGAUUCACAUGUUGGGUCACCUCACACUGAGCAGAACUUGAAUCUGUCUCCUGUCUCUAACCAGUUGGUGUGAAUCCCGAGUCUUUAAGCUCUGAUGAAGUUCUUUGCUAAAGCCGAGUUAUGUGUAAAGGUUUAUGCUGUUUCUGACGUUCUCAGUAUGAUUGAGUUUCUCUCUGUUGGAGCCUACCUGUACCUGAGUAGGGAGAAUGCACUGCCCCCUUAGUUUUGGAGGGUAAAAGUGAUUCACUCUUACGGUAUGCCACUUAGAAUAUCUUCCCUAUUACGGUAUUUACUGUUCUCACUUUGUAAAGUCUGCCUUUGCUUUUACAUUGUAAAAUGUAAUUCCAUUUAUUUAUGUGGGAUUCUUGGGUUUUGAUGGGUUGGACAGAAGUCUGAAUGCAAGGGUAAUUAAUACCUCAACAUUCCAGUUAGGCAGGGAUUAGUGAGCUCCAGUGUAGCAUAAUUGUCCACAUUACCCCAUUUGGCCUACUCUCACACAUUUUGGGGCAAAACUGGCUUUUGGAACUGUCUGCCUCAAGAGAUAGGAUAGGAGAAAUUGACUGGAUUUACUGAAGGACAGCUGACAUGGGCCUGAGGAGGUGUCCUAGCUCUAGAAGAUGCCAGAACAUGGAGAGCGCCGCCUCCUUAGCUUCUCCAGGAGAAAAUAGACUCCUGGCAAUUCCCAGCAGGAGCUAUACCAGUGUCCAGUGACGCUUUGUCCAGAGACAAGAGUUCUAUAAAAUAAAACCCUAGCAAGAGCCAUUACAUUUGUUAAUUAGAUUCAGACCCAGAAAAGCCAGGCAGGGUGGCUCGUGUUUGUAGUUCUGUCACGUGAGAGACUGAUGAAUCAGAAUUGUCGACAAGUUCAAGGCCAGCGCGGUCUGUUUAGUGAGUGAGACCCUGUCUCAAGAAGCAAACAACGAGAUAAAAAGAUUUGGCUGUGAGAGAGUCGGUUGCACCGACUGCUUCUGCUGGUUCAGGUUUUGUCAGCUGUGCUCUGCGUGUUGAGUGGGUUCUUUCCAUUUUAGGAAGCAGCUGUUCUACUCGGACACUCUUGCUGCCAUUGUAGUUCACUGGCCUGCCUGUCUUUUCAGAAACUUGUCUCUUGGAAGUUAGAGAUUCUUUUCCUCAGAAACAUGGGAGAUUAUAACAUCCUGAGACUAUUUUAGGUUUUUAUUUAAACAGGACUUAAACUGUGGCUAGCUAUAAAUAAACUACAUAAUAUAUUUACAGUGUUUGUCUUUUUAGAUUAUUACUGGAUGCAGUUAUCCCCUAAUUAAUGCUGUUAGGCUGUUUCUCAUGAGAUCUGAGCAACCUGAAUUCUGACGACUCGUUUAGGGAAUGACUUGUAUUGGCGUUUGGUCAGUUCCUGUAUCCUGCCUGGGGUGGUUAUUUCUAAAGCGUUGGUUUACAAAGCUGCCUCCAGUGUUGACCUUCGAACUCUCCAGAUUUGAGUUUAAUCAGUCUCUUGGGCAGCCUGAGAAAAUUCAUAAUAAGCUGGAAUUUCCUCAGGUUAUUUAUAUGGAUAGGUACAUGUACAAAAGCAAAGAGCUUAUCCGAAGUAAGAGAGAGAGCAUUCGAAAGUUGAAGGAGGAAAUACAAGUUCUGCAGCAGAAAUUAGAAAGGUAUGUGAAGUACGGCUCCGGUCCAUCUCGCUUCCCACUCCCCGACAUGUUGAAAUACGUUAUUGAAUUUGCCAGUACAAAACCUGCCUCUGAAAGCUGUCUGUCUGGAAGUGUUGAGCAUAUGACGUUACCACUUCCUUCUGUGCACUGCCCGAUUUCUGACCUCACAGCCAAGGAAAGUUCAAGUCCCAAAAGCUGCUCUCAGAAUGCUGAGGGUUCCUUUUCCUCUCCGGAAGAUGCUCUACCCAACUCUGAGGUAAUGAAUGGGCCAUUUACUUCUCCUCACUCUUCCCUGGAAAUGCCUGCACCCCCACCAGCUCCUCGGACAGUCACAGAUGAGGAAAUGAAUUUCGUUAAGACCUGUCUUCAGAGGUGGCGGAGUGAAAUUGAACAGGAUAUACAAGACUUAAAGAAUUGUAUCUCGAGCACCACCCAGGCUAUUGAGCAGAUGUACUGUGAUCCUCUUCUUCGUCAGGUGCCUUAUCGCUUACAUGCAGUUCUUGUUCAUGAAGGACAAGCCAGUGCAGGGCACUACUGGGCGUACAUCUAUAACCAGCCCCGGCAGAUCUGGCUCAAAUACAACGACAUCUCUGUCACUGAGUCUUCCUGGGAAGAACUUGAAAGAGAUUCUUACGGGGGCCUGAGAAAUGUCAGCGCAUACUGCUUGAUGUAUAUCAAUGACAAGUUGCCCCACUGCAGUGCAGAGGCAGCGCAUGGUGAAUCUGAUCAGACUGCAGAAGUGGAAGCCCUGUCUGUGGAACUCAGGCAGUACAUUCAGGAAGAUAACUGGAGGUUUGAGCAAGAGGUGGAGGAAUGGGAGGAAGAACAGUCCUGUAAGAUCCCACAGAUGGAGUCCUCCCCAAACUCUUCCUCACAGGAUUUUUCCACAUCACAAGAGUCUUCAGCAGCGUCCUCGCAUGGCGUUCGAUGUUUGUCUUCUGAACAUGCUGUGAUUGCAAAGGAGCAGACUGCCCAGGCCAUCGCAAACACGGCUCAUGCCUAUGAGAAGAGCGGGGUAGAAGCAGCCUUGAGUGAGCAUAAGGAAGCUGAACCCGAGAAGCCCCAGGAAACAAACCUUGCAGAGCAGUCAGAACAGGCUGCAGAGGUCAAAGACACAGAGGCUGCUGCCCCACCUAACUCUGAGGUCUCUGAAGUGGAGAUCCCCAGUGUGGGAAGGAUUCUGGUUAGAUCUGAUGCAGAUGGCUAUGAUGAGGAGGUGAUGCUGAGCCCUGCCAUGCAAGGGGUCCUCCUGGCCAUAGCUAAGGCGCGCCAGACCUUUGACCGAGACGGGUCUGAAGCAGGGCUUAUUAAGGCAUUUCAUGAAGAGUACUCCAGGCUCUAUCAGCUUGCCAAAGAGACACCCACCUCUCACAGUGAUCCUCGCCUUCAGCAUGUUCUCGUCUACUUUUUCCAAAAUGAAGCACCCAAGAGGGUAGUAGAACGAACCCUUCUGGAACAGUUUGCAGAUAGAAACCUUAGCUAUGAUGAGAGAUCUAUCAGUAUCAUGAAGGUGGCUCAGGCCAAACUGAUGGAAAUUGGUCCAGAGGACAUGAACAUGGAAGAGUAUAAGAGGUGGCAUGAAGACUAUAGUCUGUUCCGAAAGGUGUCUGUGUACCUGCUAACGGGCCUGGAACUCUUCCAAAAAGGAAAGUACCAGGAAGCUUUGUCCUACCUGGUGUACGCGUACCAGAGCAAUGCUGGCCUGCUGGUGAAGGGGCCCCGCAGGGGCGUGAAGGAGUCUGUGAUUGCUUUGUACCGCAGAAAAUGCCUUCUGGAGUUGAAUGCCAAGGCUGCUUCUCUUUUUGAAACAAAUGACGACCAUUCUGUAACAGAGGGCAUUAAUGUGAUGAAUGAGCUGAUCAUUCCCUGCAUCCACCUGAUCAUUAAUAAUGACAUUUCCAAGGACGACCUUGAUGCCAUCGAGGUCAUGAGGAACCACUGGUGCUCUUACCUGGGGAAGGACAUCGCAGAAAAUCUGCAGCUGUGUUUAGGGGAGUUCCUACCCAGGCUUCUAGAUCCUUCCGCAGAAAUCAUCGUCCUAAAGGAGCCUCCAACUAUUCGACCGAAUUCUCCCUAUGAUCUUUGCAGCCGGUUUGCAGCUGUCAUGGAGUCCAUUCAAGGAGUUUCAACAGUAACAGUGAAGUAAACUGCACAUGGACGGUCAAGACUCAUUUUGGUCUCCAGUCACCUGCCAGUUACACGGCAGUCUGUUGUUGCAGACUCCCCUGGAGAGAGAGAUUGGGUGUCUGAGCAAGAUUUAGACCCUCUGCCCUCUCUGAUAUGUGUUUAAGGGAUUAAGGAUAAAGUUGCGCAUUUAGGUACAGAAUCAUGAGAGCUCUCUCACUGAAGAAGGCAGGAGCCCGGUGCAUUAAGGUUUUGAAUUAUCCCAGAAGACCUGAAUUGCCUUUUUAAAUCUCCCAUAAUAAUUACCCUUCGGGCGCCUGUCUCAUCAGAACUGAGCCGGAGGAACAGUUUCUGGUUCUUUUGUCAAGUUCAGGUGACGUUUCUAAGUCCUUAGCUACCAGAGAUUGGCAACAGGGGCCUUGCCUGGCUCUUGACAGUAACACAAAGGGUGCUGCUGAGCCUUUCCCUCCACACAAGGGUAGAGCGUAAGGCUUCGCCCACCAUGAAGCCACAGGAAAGCUGCCUCCAUUUUCGGUCUGUUUAUAUUUCAGAUAAACCAGAAAACCUCACACUCAGUCUUGAGUGAAAGAGAAGCAAGCAUCCUGGGCUCUCACCCCAGUGCUGGUGUAAAGCUGCACAAGGGACAUUUAAUAGCUAAUUAAGCAACAUUGUGGAGAUUGUCACAUGCAGGUGUCUAAGGCUACCUGGCCUGAUAGAAUUUUGAUUCUCUCUUUCCUUUUUUUUUUUUUAGAAAUAAGGGAUGUGAAUUUAUAUAGAGAGAGACCAUCUAUCUGUGUAUAUGUAGAGAAGCUGCUUUUUAAAGAACUUUUAAUUGGGAAUUCAUGUUUUAACAAAAUUUUAAGGAUUAACGAGGAAUCAUGGGAGGGAAGAACACAACUAUGCAGAUUUUAUAAAUGUGCAAUAAAAGUAUUUGUUUUA